AGGAAGGCGGAAGGAUAUGGUAAAGCUAAAAAUAGCAUCAAAACAGGCGAGUGUUGUCGUUUUCUUGGUUGUUCAAGCGGUGUCCGACAGGGUGCAGGGCAGAUAAGUAGAGAACCAUGGCUGACCUAGAGUUUGACUUAAUGAGAGAGUCUGAUGUAAAACUAAUGGUGGAGAAGAAGAAAUACCAGGAGCGAAUAAUCAGUAACUGCAAAGACAAAAAUCGGAUACGCCCCUUGAAUGUUGCCGUCAUUGGGCCAGCAGGUGUGGGGAAAUCGUCACUGGUCAACACAAUUGCUGCCUCAUUUUCUGAUGACACUUGGAGGGAAUAUGCAUAUUCUGGUAACCAUGGAGGGGGGAGUGAUCAGAUCACAGUGUUCACAAAGAGUUUUCCUAAAUGCUGUCACGGCUCAAGCCCAAAGUACUCCGAUGUCAACCUCCCCACUCUCAUCGACAUUGCCGGGUUGACAAACGAAGAGCGGGAACGGUACGUCGAGUUGCUUCGCAUCAUCUUUUAUGGCCGUCUCCCAGAAGAGGAAUCCCUCGCAGAGGCAGACGAGUACUACAGGAAAUACGGACUAGAAAGCCUGCGACAGAAGUAUGCUGAAAAUGAUGAAAAUCUGAAGGUUGAUCGAGUUGUUUUUGUGUCAGCGUCUACGUCAGAGAUCCCUCAGAAUCUGAUUCAGUGUGUACUGCAAGCAGCACGGCCCUCAGGAGUCAUUUACAGCAGAAAGAGAACAAUCCCAGUGUUUGGUGUGAGACAAUGGGUUAUUGUUUCAGCAAUCCCAGUGUUUGGUGUGAGACAAUGAGUUAUUGUUUCAGCAAUCCCAGUGUUUGGUGUGAGACAAUGGGUUAUUGUUUCAGCAAUCCCAGUGUUUGGUGUGAGACAAUGGGUUAUUGUUUCAGCAAUCCCAGUGUUUGGUGUGAGACAAUGGGUUAUUGUUUCAGCAAUCCCAGUGUUUGGUGUGAGAAAAUGGGUUAUUGUUUCAGCAAUCCCAGUGUUUGAUGUGAGACAAUGGGUUAUUGUUUCAGCAAU